CCACAUUUAAAGGGCGGCGGGCGUCGCCUUACCCUUAUCCAUCCACUCACCCACCGCUCAAAACCACGAGGCUUGGAGGCUUUCUUGAGCGAUUUGAAACCAUCAUAAACAAGUUUUUGUUGUUUGAAAGGUCUUCCUUUGCUGAUGCCAUGGAGAGAGAAGAAAAGGCCUUGGAUGUGGCCCUCGAUGCCAUGAUUAGCCGAACCCAGGAUUUGAAGAAUUCAAUUGCAGGCUUCAUCAUCAAGCUUGAAACCGAGUACGAGACGCUGCAAUGGCCGUCAGUUCUGAACAGUUUCGCCCUGUUGUCCGGACAGCUCAACACCCUCAUGAAAGUGCUGCGGAACGAGAAGACUCCACCACUCCGGAAUAGAAUCCUAUUGCCACUCUUUUUGAACCCUGAGCGAGAUGAAGAGCUAGCUAAGCUGACAGAGAACAGAAUUCAGUUCUUCAACCAUGAAGUGGUGCCCGACUACCUGCGCACCAAGCCAGAUCCAGAAAUAGAGGCUGCAGAGCUCCAGAUCAACACCAAGGCCAGCCAGAUGUCCAUGGACGCCGCCCAGAAACAAAUAGCUUCACUCAACAAAAUUGUGAACACUAUAGAGACGCUACUGAAGACUACACGUGAAGACUGGGAAAGCACAUCAGGUCAGCGGAGUGCCUUGGCCCAGACGUCUUCGCCAGCGGACACCAACGCCCUGAUCAGUGCCCUGAGCACUGGCAAGGGCCUGCGGCCCAGCCUUGGCUCCCCCAAGAGCCAGUCCCCAUUGCCCACAGCCCAAGCCAGAGGAGCCAAGGCCUUUUCCAUGCACCCAGCCGGGAAAAUGCCAAGUGCCAUCAAGACUAAUAUCAAGUCCGCUGGUGCCUCUCAUCCCUAUGGCCGAUGAUCAAUAAAGCCACCCUCCCCUCUUCUCCUGGGUGUAACAAGAAA